AGCGGGGCGCGCGGGGGGGGCAGGAGCGGCGCCGCGCCCUCGCUCCGCGUCCCGGGCGGUGUCUCAGCGCAGCCAUGUCUGGCGGCGCGAGGCGGCGGGGUGGGCUCGGGCGGCGGCGCCCUCUGUGAGGCGGCGGACGAGCGGCGGCGGCGGGCAUUCAUGUCGGCGGCCAGGGAUUAGCGCAGCGGGCACUGAGCCGAGCGGAGGGGGCGGCCGACGCGUCGCCCCCUUCCCGCGGGGUCUCCGGCGGGAGGGAGCCGUACCCGGUUGGCGGGGGCGGGGGGACAUGGCUGACCGGAGCGCGCCGAGCUGCCACCUGCGGCUGGAGUGGGUCUACGGUUACCGGGGUCACCAGUGCCGCAACAACCUCUACUACACGGCGGCCAAGGAGAUCGUCUACUUCGUGGCGGGGGUCGGCGUGGUUUACAGCCCCCGGGAGCACCGGCAGAAAUUCUACCUGGGGCACCAGGACGACAUCAUCAGCCUUGCUUUGCAUCCUGAACGUGUGUUGGUGGCAACAGGUCAAGUUGGAAAAGAACCAUACAUCUGCGUGUGGGACUCGUACACUGUGCAAACUGUAUCUGUUCUGAAAGAUGUUCACACACAUGGUAUAGCUUGCUUGGCUUUUGAUUUAGAUGGUCAGCGUUUGGUCUCAGUUGGUUUGGAUUCGAAAAACACAGUUUGUGUCUGGGACUGGAGAAAAGGAAAAUUGUUAUCAAUGGCUCCUGGUCAUACAGACAGAAUAUUUGAUAUUUCUUGGGAUCUGUACCAGCCAAACAAGCUUGUCAGCUGUGGCGUAAAACACAUCAAGUUCUGGAGCUUGUGUGGCAAUUCAUUGACACCAAAACGUGGUGUUUUUGGCAAAACUGGUGAUCUCCAAACUAUAUUGUGCCUAGCUUGUGCAAGGGAUGAAGUGACGUAUUCUGGUGCACUGAAUGGAGAUAUAUAUGUGUGGAAAGGAAUUAACCUUGUACGGACAAUACAGGGAGCACAUGCUGCAGGAAUUUUCAGCAUGAACGCAUGUGAAGAGGGGUUUGCCACUGGUGGCAGGGAUGGCUGUGUUCGCUUGUGGGACUUAAAUUUCAAACCAAUUACUGUGAUUGAUCUCAGGGAAACAGACCAGGGAUAUAAAGGUCUGUCUGUAAGAAGUGUUUGCUGGAGAGGAGACCAUAUACUUGUCGGGACACAAGAUAGUGAAAUUUUUGAAAUUGUGGUACAUGAGCGUAAUAAGCCUUUCCUGAUAAUGCAGGGGCAUUGUGAAGGAGAGCUAUGGGCUCUGGCUGUCCAUCCUACAAAACCGCUCGCAAUGACUGGAAGCGAUGAUCGAUCCGUCAGAAUUUGGAGUUUAAUAGACCAUGCUCUGAUUGCCCGCUGUAAUAUGGAGGAACCCAUUCGCUGUGCCGCAGUUAGUACUGAUGGGAUCCAUCUCGCUCUCGGAAUGAAGGAUGGCUCUUUCACUGUGCUUCGAGUCAGAGAUAUGACUGAGGUUGUUCAUAUCAAAGACAGGAAAGAAGCUAUUCAUGAACUGAAAUAUUCACCAGAUGGGAAUUUCCUAGCCGUUGGUUCUAAUGACAGCUCUGUGGAUAUAUAUGGUGUUGUUCAGCGAUACAAGAAAGUUGGGGAAUGUAUCGGAUCUUUAAGUUUCAUCACCCAUAUGGAUUGGUCUUCAGACAGUAAAUACUUACAGACCAAUGAUGGCAAUGGGAAGAGACUUUUUUACAGGAUGCCAAGUGGAAAAGAAGUAACAAACAAGGAAGAAUUAAAAGGCAUUCAGUGGGCAUCAUGGACCUGUGUUUCUGGUGUUGAAGUGAAUGGAAUCUGGCCCAAAUAUUCAGAUAUAAAUGACAUAAAUUCCGUGGAUGCAAAUUUUAUUGGGCAGGUUAUGGUUACAGCUGAUGAUUAUGGAAUAGUAAAGCUCUUUCGAUACCCAUGUCUAAGAAAAGGAGCAAAGUUUAAAAAAUAUCUGGGUCAUUCUGCUCACGUGACAAAUGUCAGAUGGUCACAUGAUCACCAGUGGGUUGUUUCCAUUGGGGGAGCUGAUCAUUCUGUCUUUCAGUGGAAGUUUGUCCCUGAUCGGAAGCUGAAGGAUUCUCUUCAUAUAGCACCCCAAGAGAGUCUGGUUGAUUCUAAUAGUGAUGAAUCAGAUUCUGAUCAAUCUGAUGUUCCAGAGCUGGACUCUGAAAUUGAGCAAGAGACCCAGAUCACCUAUCGUCGACAGGUUUACAAAGAAGAUCUACCUCAACUCAAAGAGCAAUGCAAAGAAAAACGAAAAAGUGCAGCUUCUAAGAGACGAGAACGAGCUCCGGGGAACAGUAUAAGAUUACAUUUUGUUCAUGGUUACAGAGGUUACGACUGUCGAAGCAAUUUAUUUUACACUCAGACGGGUGAAAUUGUAUACCAUGUCGCAGCAGUGGGAGUGGUGUACAAUCGACAGCAGAACACACAGCGCUUUUAUCUAGGUCAUGAUGAUGACAUUCUUUGCCUUGCUAUCCAUCCCUUAAAGGACUAUGUGGCAACAGGCCAGGUUGGUCGAGAUUCCUCAAUACACAUUUGGGAUACAGAAACAAUAAAACCACUCUCAGUAUUAAAGGGCUAUCACCAAUACGGUGUUUGCGCUGUUGAUUUUUCAGCGGAUGGGAAACGAUUGGCUUCUGUUGGAAUAGAUGACAGUCACACUAUUGUACUCUGGGAUUGGAAGAAAGGAGAGAAGCUUUCAGCAGUAAGGGGAAGCAAAGAUAAGAUUUUUGUUGUUAAAAUUAAUCCUUAUAUACCUGAUAAGCUGAUCACAGUUGGAAUUAAACACAUGAAAUUCUGGCGUAGAGCAGGUGGAGGACUAAUUGGGAGAAAGGGCUGCAUAGGUGCAUUGGGAAGAACCGAUACAAUGAUGUGUGCAGUGUAUGGCUGGACUGAAGAGAUGGCGUUCUCUGGGACUUCCACGGGGGAUGUGUGUAUUUGGAGAGAUGUGUUUCUCAUAAAAACUGUCAAAGCACAUGAUGGUCCUGUGUUCAGCAUGCACGCAUUGGAAAAAGGAUUUGUCACUGGAGGAAAGGAUGGGGUAGUAGCUCUCUGGGACGAUACCUUUGAACGUUGUCUCAAAACCUACGCUAUCAAAAGGGCUGCUUUGGCCCCUGGGUCUAAAGGUCUUCUCUUAGAAGAUAAUCCUUCUAUACGUGCCAUAUCUUUAGGACAUGGUCAUAUUUUAGUGGGCACCAAGAAUGGUGAAAUACUGGAGGUGGAUAAAAGUGGACCAAUAACUCUGCUGGUUCAGGGUCACAUGGAGGGGGAAGUUUGGGGUCUAGCUACUCAUCCUCAUUUGCCUAUUUGUGCCACUGUAAGUGAUGACAAAACCUUAAGAAUAUGGGAUUUAUCUCCCAGCCAUUGUAUGUUAGCUGUUCGCAAAUUGAAGAAGGGAGGUAGAUGUUGCUGCUUUUCUCCUGAUGGAAAAGCAUUAGCAGUUGGUCUGAACGAUGGAAGUUUUUUGAUAGUUAAUGCAGAUACCCUGGAGGAUCUAGUCUCUUUCCAGCACAGGAAAGACGUUAUUUCAGAGAUCCGAUUUUCUCCUGGGGCUGGAAAAUACUUAGCUGUGGCAUCCUGUGACAACUUUGUAGAUAUUUACAAUGUAAUGAGCAGUAAACGAGUAGGAAUCUGCAAGGGAGCCUCCAGCUAUAUCACACAUAUGGACUGGGAUGUAAGAGGGAAGCUCUUGCAAGUCAACACUGGUGCUAAAGAACAGUUGUUUUUUGAAGCUCCUCGUGGGAAAAAACAAACAAUUCCUACUUUGGAGGUAGAGAAAAUUGGCUGGGCAUCAUGGACAAGUGUUUUGGGCUCUUGCUGCGAAGGAAUCUGGCCAAUAAUUGGUGAAGUCACAGAUGUAACCGCUUCUUGCCUCACUAGUGAUAGUAAAGUAUUAGCCACAGGAGAUGAUUUUGGAUUUGUGAAGCUAUUUCGAUACCCUGCCAAAGGAAAGUUUGGAAAAUUUAAGAGGUAUGUUGCUCACAGUACCCAUGUAACAAAUGUCCGUUGGACCUAUGAUGACAGUCUGUUGGUCACUGUUGGAGGAGCAGACACCUCUUUAAUGCUGUGGACUUAUGAGAUGGAAGGACAUCGGGACAGCAGGCAGUGCGACAGUGAAGAGUCUGAUCUAGAUUCUGAAGAAGAUGGAGGUUAUGACAGUGAUGUGACAAGGGAAAAUGAAAUUAAUUACACCAUCAAAGCCUUAUCAACAAACAUUAGACCAAUGUUUGGAAUUAAGCCUCAUCUGCAACAAAAGGAGCCAACUUUAGAUGAAAGGCAGGGGGUAGUGAGGUAAGUUCAUUUACACCACAUCCAGAUCAAACACAUUUUAAUAACUUAAGCUGCUUGGGAAGGUAGUUGUAUUUUGAAAUAGGAGUGAAAUCUUUAAGUCUUUUCUAUUAAAUAGUAGUUUGUUAAUGGGUACAAAAGGGAUAAACGACAAAGAGUAAGCCCUGUUCUCAGUCUCAGUAGACAUGAGUGAGUCCUAAAUAGAGUAUUUGGGAGGAGGUGAUAAAAUCUCAUCCUCUUUUCCUCAAUAAUUUGAAAUGGCUAAGGAACAGCUUGACUUAAGUAGCUAUAGUCAUAGAGCUUGCCUAACUUCUUGUGAACUUCUUUAAGACUAUAUCUGAGUGUUGGCAUAGAGGUUCAACAUGGAAUGAAAAGUGCAGAGGGGCCAUUGCAGAGAUGCCUGAAGUGGCUAUACGAGCAGUACCACCACGUCUGUGCCACUGUGCUUGAGCUAAUGAAGUUUCAGGAACAAGAGGACCGUAAUCGACUUGACAGCAGCAUUUUACCAACACACCUGUACUACUUAAGGAGCUGAGCUGCGAGGUCCGCAGAGCAUUGAUAUGACAUGCAGAGUAGCUAGCUCAGGUGCCUGCAUUAGAUUUUGCACAUACUCUAUUUAGAAUAUAUGCCAUACUCAACACCAUGCUCUUACGUUUGUGGCACAGCACAUCCUCAGGCUGCAGGCCACCCUUUAGACUUGUAGACUGAGCUACCAGGUCACUUGGACCUACACUGGUUAAGAAAGAGAACUUCUCUUCCACCUACCUGGACCCUGUUUCCGUUGUGAUGGCAGGUGGUAGAAUUGUGUUAUCUCCUUGUAUCCUCAUGCAGACAACUUGACGUAAUCAAGAAAGCCACAUCUUCAUCUAACUUUUAGGUCAUACCACUAGCAACCUUUAUAAAAUUAAUUCUGGUUCUGGGCUUUUAAAAAAAUGUGUAUCUGUAAAGUCAGUGUUUGUGUAUAAGUUAUAUAGAGCAUGUAUAACUUAUACAGACUUUUCUUCUGUGUUUGUUCAUUUACAGGUGUUUGGUUGUACUGCUCAAAGUGUGGGUAGUACAUCUGUGUCAUUCUGUGUUAUGCAUAGGCUUGUUAUAGUGACUGACAAACAUUAGAAGAGAUACAUUUCUUGUAUUAAUAGGAACUUUAUUGGAGUUCGUGUAUUCUCAGGAUCACGGGUACACACCAGGGUAGAAUGUGGUUCUGAGAAUGUCUUUCAAUUUUGACUUUGUUUAUCAAGGAUAUUCCUUACCAGAAAGUAUCUGAACAUCUUUUACUGUUGAACGUAGGAAGUUUAAUUCUCUGUGGGAGAAGAUGGAGAUAUUAAUAAAAGCUACCACAUAACUGAACUCUAAGGCUAUGUAUAAAGGCCUUAAAGACCACAUCUAAAACAUAGUUGUUACUAAGGAUUGUUGUACCUGGCAGUUGAAGUGGAAUUCAUAAACCCUAGCUGACUAGUGAGGUUCCCUCUAUAUAGAAGGAAUAUGAUUUUUUGGUAUCCAGAGUAUUACAUAGGAUAAGCAAUAGAACACUAAAGGAAGAAGCAUAUCUGAAAUCUCAUCUGUUUUGUACUUCUGUCUCACAGAAGCUCCUCUAUGAGGCCAGGAGUUGUAUUCUGAGACUGUGGCCUGGAUAUAAAGUCAGAAAUUACUCAACUACAUACCAGAAAUUGAUUCACUAGAAUUAUUUUGAUUCUAAUAUUAUCAGAAAGGUUAAGUUGAUCUCACCUUUUAUGUUUUAAAUAUUAAGAUGUUGUAGGAAAUAAUAGUUUUUAGCCACUUAAUAUAUCAAAAAUUCAAAUACACAUCAAAUACACGGGUGGGUCAAAACAAGCACCACUCUUUUCUACUAAAGCAGAAAGGAAUGAAAGGAUCCAUAGCGUCAGAAAGGGAGAAUAAACAAAAGAAGGUGCAAAACACUGCAAUCUGGUGGCUUCUUUGUGAAGUAUGGAACAUGAAAUUCUGCUUUUGGUGUAGCAUAAUAAUUUCCUUCCAGUGACCCUUAAUUCAGAAUGUAAAUGCAAUUCCCAGAACAAGAAUCUGAACAAAGGACUAUUAUUGCUCUCUGACAGAGGUAGUGUCCUCCUCUCAGUUUUCUGGUUUUGCUCAUAAAUUACUUUUUUUCCUUGCAACAGCAGAACUUAAAGAAAAAAAAGGUUCUCCCCUUCACAAUAGCACAGUUUUACUAGGAGCAGUGGACAUUUCUGUGCCUUAAUAAUUUUCAUGUCUAACACAUUAACUUGAGAUGUGAGUUGCAUCAAUUCAUAUUUGUAGGCAGCACUGCCUUUAUUUUUUUCCUUCAGGAUAAACAUCAUUUUCCCUACUUUUUCUAUGACCUUUUUAAAAAAUUAUUAUUUCUGUAACAAUCUCAGUAAUUCAGUAUUCAAAAGAAAAUAAUACGGUAAACAUUUUUUAAACCUGAAAUAUUUAGGUCUGUUUUAUCUACUGCUUGAGUCAGUUGAAGAAGAGAACAAUACAUGUUGUAAAACAAGGAUUUAGAAAUGGAUGGAAGAAAUAGUUUGCUGCACACCAAACCCCAACUUCCAGGCAUAACCAUUUGCAGUUUUAUUGCAUGGUUCCUAUAAUGAAAAAGCAACUGGAUUAGUGUGCUCUAGUACUAGAGAGCAUACCUGACCAGAUGAUGCAAGCUAUAAAAGGAUACAGCUGGCAGUAAGCUCAUUCUAAUAUGGCCCAUUGAUGCUGCAAAUGAAGAAAAAUGUUAGCAUUGCAGUGGUAGUUGUUCAGUCUUUGUUUUAGGGCAGAAAGGAAAAAUGGAGAUGGAAGACCUACAAGACUGCAUUAGCUUCAAAGCUGUUUCAGCUUGCUUUUGAUUGUAUAUUGAAAACAAUUAUUUUUAUUUGCUCUUGUAGGUUCCUGUACAAGAAUUUUUGCUUUAUUAGAAGUUUUAAAAUUAAGAGAGAUGGCUUUAGAGACUUUAUUUUUAAGUCUUAAAUCAGCAUUACUUCAACUUAUUAUAUCAUGUAAUGAAAGAAUCAGCAGGCAGUUGAUUAGAGUUAAUAAGUCUGAAUGUUACUUCUAGCUUUCUUUUAGAAGUUAGUGAGAUGGGAAUUUUUUGAAAAUAAGACAUACUAGUGCUGUAAAAGUCGAUAUGCUGAACAAAAAUAUGUUGAAGCCUUAAAUUUCAGGCAUGAUUUUUUGAAAAACUUAUGGAUACUAGAACUCAAGAUUUUGUUCAGAUUCAGUUGUUUUAAGGUGUCCUUGCAGUGUAGUUUAAGGCCACCUCUACUAAUGAUACACCAUUCUCUAGUAGUAAAAUUACCAUAACAUAUCUUUGUUAUUGGAAUACUUACUUCCAUUUGUAUUGAAAACACAAAAUGACAUUGUCUGAGGCAGCACUUAGUCUAUAAUUUGAAGUAUUUAUAAUUUCUGAAUAGUGAUAUUAAAAGACAAUAUUUUUAUGUGAAAAAAUGUCUACUCUGUGUCUGAUGUGAGUGCGUAAUAGCUUUAUGGAUAUUCAGCAGCAAAUGAUAAAUUGGAAAACUGUUUUAUCCUUUACUGAAAGUUCUUUCCUAGUAUGUUUUUGUGCUAGGUAAAUUGCUCGGAAGAAAAAUCCAUCAUGGAUUUUGAAAACAGUUCUGGCUCAGCUACUCUCUGAACUGCAAAUCACUAGAGGUUGGGAGAAGAAUCUGGAGAAUAUCACUCCAUUCUUAUUCUGUUCUUACACUCCCUGAAGAGCUCACUGUUUGUCACUGUCAAAGGGAGGAUGCUGUGAUUAACGUACUUUAGAUAAGAACAACUGUACCAAGAGAUCUCAUAACUAAACAGCUAGGAAUUCUGGUUUAAUUUUUCACCAUAAAUUUGCCAUACUAAAGAUUUGCAAGCAACUAAGAACUCUGAAAGAGUCUGUCUCGGACUCAUCACUAUCCUCUUUAUAUAUACCAUUACUCAGUCUACAUGCUGAGAUCUCUUGUAUGACUUCCCAGUGUUGUAUAUCUUUUGAAAAUUCUUUAGAUGCUCAGCAUGCACUCCCAGAUGCAAUUCAAAACCAGGCAUCAUGGAAAAAUUACUUCAAAUAUAUAUAUAUAUGUGUGUGUGUGUGUAUAUGUAUAUAUGUAUUUUGUCUUGAGGAUUUCUUUGUGUGUGUGUAAGGACAUACGCAAAAGUGCAUAACCUGCUUUAGAUUCUUGUGUAUUCAUAAUGGGAAGGGAACUAACAGACUAUUUACAAACUAGUGCUUUACUGAUCCAGAAGUGAAGAAUUUUUUCUACUUGAUACAGACAGUAAAUAAAUGUAAAUUGUACUUCCAGGGGGGUCAGGGAGGCAGGAAGCUGCUGGAAUGAGCUUUCCUUUUUCUGAACCUCGCACUAAUCACCUUGUCAUUGGCACUGAAAUGUAGAGAUUUUAUACAAAUAUCCUACAUAUGUUUUGCAUAAAUGGAUGGAAUGCAAUUAGAUUUUUCUCCUUGCCAGUGUCAUGACUUGUGAUGUGAACGUGUAAAUAGCAGAAAUUCCAAAGUUGUUUUAGUAGAAGAUCAGCUUUAUCUUCUCCUUUCACUCUGUCAACUUGUGUGAUUUGGGAGAGGGGAGAAGCCAGGAAUCAAACUGAAAAAUUACAGCAAGAGAGUUUCUGUUAGCAGCUCCUUCUCUCUGUUCAUGCUGUUUGCAGAAUAAAUCAGGUUACAGGAAAGUUUAAAUUUUAAGUUAACUAUUUUUUAAACAGUUUUAGAAAGAAAGCAGGGCUUUUUGAAGUUAACCUUUCUGUGAAUCAGUUUCUGCACAUGGGAAUGUACAUCAGUGCAGGAUAUUAACCUUGAGAUUGAAAUCCCCCAAAAGUUCUGGAGAUUUCAUUCUUCACAAGCAAGAAUUUAGUUAUCGUCAUUUACGUGUAUUACUGUCUCUGAGCCCCAGUGAUUGACUAGAACAACAUUAUGGAAAGGAAUGGUCUCCCUUUACCAGUUUAAGGUAAUUAUUUUUUCCUCCCAUAGCUGACCUGACUCAUGUCUUUGAGGAAAUCAAAAAGCCAGUUACCGAACUAUCAAGGUUUACCAAAUAAUCUCUAGUUUUGAAUGCAAGGAAAAAACCUGUUCAUUUUGCAACUAAAAUAAUCAGAUGUGGUCAGGAAACAAAUAUCUAGAGGAGCAAUUGCAUGGCCCAGGGAUGCAGGUUGGAAGAUUUGUAUUUGGGUUAUGAUCUGUGUAGAAUGACUUCAUCAACGGAAGGUAAGAAGUUAUAUGAACCGUAUGCAUUUAUCAAAGGCCCCCAAGAAAAGGAUAACUGAAACACAGGCAUAUUGCGAGAUAGGUUGAAUAUAGAAUCAUAGAAUCAUUUAGGUUGGAAAAGACUUCUAAGGUCAUUGAGUCCAAGCAUUAACCUAACACUACCAAGUUCACCUCUAAACCAUGUCCCUAAGAACCUCAUCUACACAUCUUGUAGACACCUCCAGGGGUGGUGACUCCACCACUUCCCUGGGCAGCCUGUUCCAAUGCUUGACAAACCGUUCCAUGCAGAAAUUUUCCCUAAUAUCCAAUCUAAACCUCCCCUGGUGCAACUCGAGGCCGUUUCCUCUUGUCCCUUUGCUUGUGACUUGGGAGAAGAGACCAACACCCUCCAUGCUACAACCUCCUUUCAGGUAGUUGUAGGCAGUGAUAAGGUCUUCCCUCAGCCUCCUGUUCUCCAGGCUAAACAACCCCAGUUCCAAAUAAGUCUUGUAUACCUCAGUGAUGAAGUUGACACAAAAGCCUUUAAUGCAGUCUGCCUUGUACAAAUUGUGCGUCCUAUCAUAUCUCCAUAUCUGUAAAUAUUUACUGGCUAAAAAUUAGCUAUGUCACAUGUCACCCAUGUGGAAAAUCUUGUUCCAUACUAAAGUCAUGAGAUUGAAAAGUAGACUUGGAGAUUAAAGAAUUGAAACUGCCGAAUAAAAGCUAAAAACUUUCCUCUGACUAUAUGAACAUUUGGUUCAGUGUACUCCGGAAAAUUAUAAGGGAAAUCUGUGCUCCAUUCCUGGAGAAACUCUUGUCUUUCCUGCAUAGUGCCUAUUCUGAAAAGUAUCUGAAGAUAUUUGAAUUCUGUGGUACUUGAAGAAUUGCAUGUUAUUGACUGUAAACCUUUUCAAGAUGCAUUUGAAUUUUAUUGGAAGAAAAGGCAUAGUUGUUUCCUGUAUGAAGAAACAGUGCAUCAGUCAUGCAUUGCAGAAUAAAGUUGGAACUAAUUAGAAGAGGUUCCGUAAAACAGAUUCUUUUCAAUAGAGGAAAAAAAAUCCAUUUUUAAGUUAGCAACACUAUUUUCUUAAUUUUUUGGAAAGUUUUCCCUAACAGAUGAGAGAAAAAUUAUUUUUGCUUCACCUAUAAGACUGAUAACUGGUGUCUAUGCUGCAGUGGAAUUGCUUGCUAGUUCUUAAAAGAAAAGCAAAUUUUAAAAAAAGACAGUGUACCUGCUAAUUAGCUUAAGUGCCCAUGCAUAGUACAAGUAUUAGGAAAUAAUGCAAGUGCCCAUGUUUUCCAAUGGAUAAUAAUGAUUUUUUGCUAGUCAAAGUAUAGGAGUAUGCAUCACAUCUGACUGAGAAAACCCAUCCAGUGCAACACAUUUGUGAAACAGAUGCCCAAAUAUCAUCAGUCAACAUAAAUUGAAUUAAAUAAUAAUGAAAAACCAGUAUAUAUCAGCAGUGCUCAGUACCCUGCACAUUUUGACUGGCCAAGAUAAUUUAUUUUAGUAUAACUGAAUGUAGUUAUGAGUCAACAUCUGUCUUUAAUAGUGAGUUGACUGUUAUACUCAUCAGCUCAUUUCAGGCACUUAAACCUGCACAACAUUUCUUUGAGUAGUUCAGGUGUUGUGUUUGCCAACUCUUUAAACAUUUUACAUACUUCAGAGGUUUUUGGUCUGAUUCCGCUUUCUUUCUCUCUUUACAGUAGGAGUCGUUCCUAAGAAUUAGAUUCUCAUGCCAAUGCAGGUUCAUUGUUCCUGUUAAAUGAAUAGGAGUUUUCUGUACAUAGACAAUAGAUUUACAUAAUAUGUGAAGUUGUGAGUAAUCCCUUUGUUGUAAAAAGAAGUAAGCCAAUCAAAAAGUCAAUAAUAAUUCUAUCUAUUAAAAAUUUACUGACACCUAGCUUUCAGCAAAACUUGUAUAAGUAAUCCUUUUCUCUUUCCCACCUGCUGCUGAAAAGAGGUUCCAGGUAAUGCUUUUUUUUUGCUAUCUAGUCCAUGUUUUACUGUCAUCUCCCAUUUUUCUUAAGAAGCCAUCUGUCAUGUUGGGUGCUAUACCGUGCACCUAUUACUCUUCAGACUAUUGCUGUAUUACAAAUUUUAAAUUUAUAUGUAUUCAUUGUAGUUCCAUUCUAUACAAUAAGCUAGAUAUUUAUUUACCUACCAAUAGAAAGUUAGCUACAUGGACCAUUAAACUUCCCUAUGUUUUACAAAUAAUAUUUUUCAAUAAUAUGUAUUAAAGUAUAGAGAUGAGCGUUCUCUUCAGUCCCUACUGGACAGCUAUCCACCUCAAAGGUGUAUUGUUUAACAUUUGAUGGGACAGUCUUGCCUGAGAUGUCAAGGUGUACAUGUUACUAAAUUAUUUAAGUAUUAGAUUACCUAUGACCUAGAUUACACACAUUGGUGUGUACAAAAUGGCACUUACUGCUCAUAGGACAUAUGAAAAUAAUUAUGACUAAUCAUUCUCAAGAAGCAGUAUUUAAAAACUGCCAGGUUUCAUUAUCUUCUAAUGGAAAUCAGACCUCUACAGUUUCACAAGUGACUUUGAAAAUCUUACAAAGAGUGAAUGGAGAGAACUCCUGCUUACUUUUUUAUUGAAUUCUCUACUUCAUGCUUGACAGCGCCUUAUGGGGAGGGCAUUGAAAGUCACUUCAUGCUGAAAGCUGGUACAAAAUCAUCUGCUGCGUUCUCUGUAAGCCACCCAAAGUUUGGGUUGCAGCUGUAGGGACCCUCACAGGAAGGGACUUUUGUACCAACAGCUAUAAUUUGCUUUGUGAAAUCAUGCCCGAAAUAACACUUGGGUUUUUAAAACAGAAUAAAUAUUGUCAUUUACAUUGUUAUGAGUUACCAUGGAACUAAAAGAAUUGAUCAAUAAUAAAAAUAGAGAGUUAAAUACAACAGCAUCAUACAAGACAACGUGGGUAACAGUAUCAAUAAUAUUGAAACUAUGUCUAAAAGCAUAAACACAAACUGCUUCAAAAUGUUCGAAUUCUAUUUGCAUGUUGAAAAUAAAGUGCCAAUAGUAAGGUAUUUAUUUCCCCUAUGAUAGAUGGCUGGAACUCUCCUUCCACAUGUUCAAACUGACCCCAUCCAUUUGUGUAUUCAUCCCAAAAUGUUAUUCAUACUCUUUUUCCCAUCUUUUUCACACAGUGGUUUUUAUGCAUGCAGGUAUAUGACCACUGGGUGUUGUAUAUGCCAUUAGUCACUUUUCUGCACUUUAAAUAGCAAAUGGAAAAUAUAUUCAGCUUUAAAAAAAACCACUUGGAAAAUGUAUUCUGAUGUACAUCAACAUUCCUGCUUUUAAAUGCACAAGUUGUCAUUUGAAACUUACUUAAGGAAAAAUACAUACAUGCUUGUAAUUUGUAUUUCAGUUCCACUGCUCUGAAUCAAUAUAGAGUUAGUCUUUCAUAGGUGGGUACUUGUAUAAAUUAUUUAGGUGACCUGUGAGAUAAUAACAGCUGAGUAUAAAUUGUCAAGUCAGGUUUUAUUGACCAAUGUACAUUCACUUUGUUCUUUCUCAUGGCAAUGUACAAAUGUAAAUGUACUGUGAUGAUUGGCUAAGGAUGAAUAUGAACCUGUAUUUGUGUUUGUUUAUCUGUGCAACCAUUAGGUAUAAUGGUCUUUUCAAGUGGUUGUGUAAUAUGAGAUUGUUUUACCUCUUCUCCCAUUCUAUCACAAGGGAUCAGCAGGCAGCAAAUAUUAUAAAAAUGCCACAUUCUAGGUCCAAGCAGCAGAGGAAUCUUCACUUCCAGUCAGUUCAGCUCCAGGAACAUAAACCUGUGCCAGAACCAUGUCCUUUCAGUUUUUACUGCUUUUGUUCAACUUUUGAUAGGCUUUUCUAUUUAAUUUUUGUGCUUUUUUUUUUUUUUUUUAACUCACUUUUUCCUCUCUCAUUCCUGUACAUAAAUGAAAUAAGAGGUGGAGGGGAAAGGGAGAGAAACAAGCUUGAGUGCUCUGUGUCACAUGUGACGGUGACAAGUGGAAGAAGGGCUCCUUAUGCUGUGUUCUUUCCAUUUCUAGAGCAACAAUAAUGAGCCUGUUGCUAGAUUGUCCAUGACAAUUGAGGAAUUAAAAAUAUAACAUAUCUGGUAACAAGUAAUUACGGGGAUUUCCUCUUCUGUUUUAGAUGUAUCCUUUUUAUUUCCUUGAAUCUGCCUUGACCUACGCAGUCCUUCCUCUGUCUCUGUUUUUAAUAAAUCUUUUGCAACAGCAGUCAAACAGCACUACUCUCUGACAACUGAUAAACAUACAAAAUAACGCUUCUGAGAAUGCCUUUUUUCUUCUGAGAAGCAUGAAAAUAUUUUUAUGGAUAGAUUGUUAGGAAUUGUCUUUAGAAUUGGACUUGGUUCCCUACAGUUUGGACUUUAUGCUUCAUGCUUCAUGGGGUGUUUUUGAUGGUAAUCAAUAGUAGUCUUCUGUCUUUGAUCCAAAAUUUUCAUUUGCUCUCGUGCUACUUUUCAUAAGCUUUUUUUUUUUUUUUAAGAGUAGCCUUAGUUACUCAUAUGCUUGUUAGUCUGCUGUUCAGAGUAACAGAAAUUUAUGCCAGCUUACUAGAUCUGGAACCUGACGUUCUUGUUCCUUGUGCUCGCUGCAAUGUAAUCUAAAGGAAGCAACAUUUAAAGAUUUCUUGCUGUCUGUAAAGCAUCAGAAAUUACGCCUCUCAGCUAGGAAGUCUCUCUGGAACUGUGUAUCUUUUUCUACUCUCCUUUUUUCAAGGAGGUUUGGAUUUUUCUCUGCUGGUGUGUGUGAAGGCUGGCAAUCAUAUCUUGGGUGUUGAUGCUUCACAAUUGAGUAAGGUGGCAUUGUGAUUUUUCUUUGUAGCUGUCAAGAUGUCAUUGACAGCUGGAUUUCUUUUUCUCCAGAAGCCUUUUUGAGUUCUACAACAUGCCAGUAGAAGCAGCAUGUGAAACAACCAGCAUGCCAGUCUCACAUUUCUGCAAUACUCCCUUGCUGUUUGAUUUUACAGCUGCUGCAUGGGAUGAGAGAAGAGGUAACACAACAGUGGAAAACUAGUGAAUGUUGAUACUAUUUUUUCUAGGUUCUUCAUUUUUUUCCCCACUUUCUGAUUUUUGGGGAGAUUAAUGGUUGGGACAAACAGAACCAGCAGUUAUACACUCUUGUAAUUUUCAGGAUUUCAGCAUUAUUCCUGAUUUCCAUUUUUAAAAAGAGAAAGGUACAUGUUGUGUUUGCUUAAUUUAAAAAAGGAUUUAAAGUCAACAUUUUGUAAGUGGUUUUCAGGGAACCGCUUUUGUCUAAGUGUUUUUUAAGGACCUUCUUGCGUUCGUAAGUGUGCUUCUAAUUACCUUAUAGAUGAGCAGUAAUUAUGGAGGUGUCAAAGUAAUUAAGGAACUACAAUUAUAAUUCAGAGUAAUAAGCUGUAGGUAGGAAAAAAAAUUGGUUAGCAACUCUUAAUAUCAUUAACAUGUUACACAAAUCAGGUGUUAGAUAUAUUUCAAUAACUGUAAUUCUUUGCCAUAAAAUGAUAGGGUAUGUAUUAUCACGGAUAUGUUCAAUUCAUUUAACUUGUUAACCCUGUUCAUUCUUCAAAGACUUGAUUGCACAGGCAGAUAAGUGGUUAUUAUUUUUCCAUUUAACUCCAGAGAUUGGAAGCACUAGGAUUUGUUCAGUUUUAAACACUACUUAUAUGCAGAAAAAACAAACACUGCUUCAAAACCCAAACAAAACUUUGUUUGCUAAUGUUUUGAAAGGUCAGUGUGACCAUUCCAAAAAUUAUAUUGGAAAAAAAAGUUGUUUUUACCAGAGAAGAGGGAAUCUCAAUGUUAAUUUACCACAGAUGCUUGUUGAAGCUGAUUCCAUGCUUGCCUCCCCAGCAAAUUUUAAUUGAACCUGGGCUGUGUUCGUUUCUCUCUUUCUCUGUCUCUUCAUUUACUUGAAUGAGUAAAGGAGGCUUUUUAUUCUCUGUGUCACUUGAAGUACUUUUAGAAAGCAAAUUCCUGAUACCAAAUCUGUGCCUUUCAAUUUUUGUUCGUGCAUUUCUGUAGUUUUACUUGAUUGGAUUUAAUCAAUUUGAGUAGCACACAGUGGUAGAAAGGAUUCUAUAGCACUGAGAGAAAUCUGUUACCUCUUGAACAGUGAAUUUGUAACUGAAAUUGUUCAUCUGCUGUGAAGGUGGGGGAAGAUAUGGUGAAAGACUUUCUUCCUCUGCAAAACUUUAGAUGGCCUCUCUCCAUAUAUACUUAAUAUGAUAAACAUUGUGACCUAUUGGGAGUGUUUUGUGUUGAGAAUUCAGAAACUUCUAAAUAAGAGUGUAGUUUCUUUAUUUCUUAAAAUUAAAACCCGAGCAUUUUAAUCAUACUUGGCAAUACCAUUGUAAUAUGAUGGGGUAGAUGAGGAGAUGCUAGGAGUCAGUGGUGGCAGGACAGAAGAGAAGACCUGGAAAAUAGCUGGGCAGGCUAGGAAUUUUGCAGCAAGUAGGAGACCUGGAAGGUUGGUUGAGAGACAUUAGUGGUUCAAGAAUGGUCAUGAAAUGGGAUGCUGGGAUUGCUGAUGGAAAUCAGAUAUAUUCCUUGCUUCCUAUGCUGGUCAACAUGCUUCCAUAGGCGAUGCGGGCAGCCCAGACCAUGCUCGGUUUGUUUUUCCUUCUCUUUUUUCCAAAAGUCAGGAGAACACUGUUUCAUGCUCACAGACUAAGGGAGAGGAUGCUGUGGCUGUGAGCUCGGUCCAAGCUGUAACUGAAAAAACACCCCAAAAUGUUAAAAUGCCUUGCUUUUCUGUCUUGAGGUGUAUGUGAAUUCCUUCUAAGCAGAGACCUCAGAGAGAAAAAAGAGACCUGUAACUGAGGACCUUUGAGAAUUAAGUCUGGGGAUACAUUCCCACCAGACCAAUUUCAAGCAGGACUGAAAGAGUGUAUUUAAAUGUUGCGAUCUUUCAAUAUUUGUUUCUAAGCAAGGAGACUUUUAGUGCAUGCCUACACUGGACUCCUUUUCUGACCUGGAUUGCUAUGUACGAUAGGUGUCCCCAGAUUUUUCUUGUACUUCCAGUCUAUUAGAAGUCUGUUUUCCAAUAGCAAGAAUUUUGUAGUAGCAAAAAAAGUGUUAGACUACAGUUCUUUGUGAAAUGUAAACAUCUUUCUCCAUACUUCAGUUAGUGUUCUCUGUUUUAAUUUGCAGUUAUUUAUGAAUUAUUAUUAAAUAUGAGCCUUAGUUAUUUUCCUUCGUGCCUUGAAUUUUCUUUUGAACUUUAAAUUAUUAUUUCAUACUUUGAUCUGGUAAGAAUUUGUUUAAUACAGCUCAUAUUGCCUCCCUGUGAAAAGACUAAUUGUGUUACCUGAUGUAAAGUAGCAAUAUUUCUUCUUAGAUCUGGAUUUGGAUUUUCUAGUGUAAAGAUUUUACAUUUCAUAAAAUCUAGAUUUCUGAUGCUGAAUUAAAUAUUUCAAGUACCUUCCUCUGGCCCUGUCUAACACAGUAGUCAGCUUUAAUAAACGUGAUCGUGUUUGGGUGAUCCAGGCAUUCGACAGGCUUCUUUACCAGGUAGAAAUUUUUCAUCAUCUGUUUUUCUUUUGUAUUUUUUUUCUGUAGGUACUUUAGAGGCUUCUAAGCAUAGGGAAGGCAACAGGGGUAUCUCAGAACACAGUUCAGAGUUUGCAUAAUAAUACAUACAAAUCUUUUGACUGGAGAUAUGACAUGAACCUAUAAAUUGUACUAAAAACAGGCAGGGAAAACAGACGAAUAAAGCUCAGAAAGGUAUUUUAUUAGAAUAACUGAAAAAAACCUUUUCAAAUGUAGUUCAAAAUAUACACUGUGCAGACAAAUCAUAGUCUAUUGUUCUUAGAAAAGAGACAGUGAUUAUUUUCCAUCAAAGUCAUUAUUCAAGAUAUGGAAUUAAAGUACUUUGUACUAGAAAGGGAACAUGAAAGAGAACUGACCUGUUGCUCUAUGUGUCAUAUUAGUUUGUUACACUGCCUGCUGCAUAAAAUCAGGUAGGCUUUAUUGAAUCUACACAUGGAAUUUAUUUUUAAAUUAAGUGUUCCUCUUGAGGGUCAAACUUAAGGGUUUCUUUUCGUGGCCACAUAUGCUGUAUAUAUAGAAUCAAUAACUAAUGCUCCUGAAGGUUACUAGAAAUAAUUGCACAGUUUUGAUAAAUAAUAUGUAUUUGUUUGUAUGCUUCUUUGUAUAUGAACAGUUGAACAUCAUCUGGAAGAUAUGUUACAGAUAUUUAUCAAACUUAUCUAGUUGAGAUUUCUUAAUUAAAUCUGGACUAUUCAGAUCAGUGGAACAUAACUUAUGGCUGAUUUUCAUGCAUUUGCAUGGUGAUGGGUUUACUUCCAACAAGGUGUUGAUCGAUAACGUGCUUCUGUUGAUGUGAAUGUGUGGGUGUACCUGGAGUUCCUUACAAACCAUUACAAAAGUAAGAAAAGUUAGGGCCUCCUGAAGGCAUGUGGGAACAGGAAUUAUUAUCUCAAGUGUUUAGAUUAAUCAGGUAAGCCUUUAAAGUUUAUCCAAUAAAAAUUGCUGCAAGGAAGGUGGAGUUACCUUAACAAUAAAGCAUGAAAGAGCUAAGAAUAUUCUGUUAGUGGUCAUUCAUUUUAGAACAAGCUUUUGCAUGAACCUCAUGGAUUGUUGAAGAAUUGUCAGAAAACCUAGCAUGCUAAACAAAGGUGUGUUGGGUUUUUUUUUUUUUCUUCCUUUGACAGAGGUAUUUCUUUUAAAGAUGAAAACAAAUAUCAGUUAAACAGGAUGGGGCUAUAAGUUUUCCAUAUGCAGUAGCAGGUUGGAAGGUACUGUGUUAGUAUGGAA